CAGCCUAAUAUUAUAUGCAAAGUAAAGCAUAUAAUUGCACAAGAAAUUGGCCCCUUUAAUCUCUUUUUGUCUUUAUUCCCAAAAUCUUGUCUCCCUCCAAAUUUUUUAAACCCUAAUUUUAUUUAGUGCGCUUUCUGCUCGAAUUCCCUUUUCCAUUUUUCUCCUCCACCGCUUCUCCACCGCCGUCCGCCGUCGUCAUUCUCAUCAAGAUGGCUCCAAUCGACCCCCACUCCUACACUGACUCCAGCCACCCCCUCACCACCCACAUCUCCCUCUCUUUCUAUUUCGAUUUCCCCUCCUCCACCAUCGCCUCCUCCGCCCUCCUCUCCCUUUCCGCCCCCCACUCCGGCCCACUCACACUCGACACCCGCUCCCUCUCCAUCUCCGCCGUGAUCGACCCCGUCACCGGCGCUCCCCUCCCCUUCACGCUCGACCCCCCUUCCCCCGACGCCGUUUUGGGGCAAUCCCUUGUCGUCACCCUCUCCAAUCAGUCGCAAUUGCUCCUCCUCUCCAAGACGACGCCGUCCUCCUCCGCCCUACAGUGGCUGUCGCCGCCGCAGACCUUCAACAAGUCCUACCCCUUCGUCUUCACCCAAUGCCAGGCCAUCCACGCGCGGUCGAUCUUCCCCUGCCAGGACACGCCGGCUGCCCGGAUCAAAUUCGCCGCGAAAUUAAACAUCCCGCGCUACCUCUCGGCGGUGAUGUCCGCGAAGCAUGUAAACCGGCGGGACCCCGCCGCCGGUGAGUGCGGCGGCGCGUGCGACGACGCCCUGUGGUGCGCGGAAGGGAGGGUCGUGGAGGAGUUCGUGAUGGAGCAGCCGGUGCCGCCCUACUUGUUUGCGUUUGCGGUUGGGGAGCUGGGGUUUAGGGAGGUUGGUCCGAGGACAAAGGUGUACUCGGAGGCGGUCCCUGCCGUGUUGGAUGCCGCGGCUAGGGAGUUUGCAGGGUCGGAGGAGAUGAUCAAGGUCGGGGAGGCGUUGUUUGGACCGUAUGAGUGGGAGAGGUUCGAUUUGUUGGUGUUGCCUCCGAGUUUUCCCUAUGGAGGAAUGGAGAAUCCAAGAAUGACGUUUUUGACUCCCACUGUGAUCAAGGGGGACGCUACGGGGGCGCAGGUCGUAGCUCACGAGCUUGCUCAUAGCUGGACGGGGAAUUUGAUUACUAAUAAGAACAAUGAUCAUUUCUGGUUGAAUGAGGGUUUCACAACAUAUGCUGAGCGGCGAAUAGUUGAGGUUGUGCAAGGAAAGGAAAGGGCCAUACUCAAUAUUGGAAUUGGUUGGAGAGGACUCGUUGAGCAAAUGGAGAGGUUUAAGGACCGAAUGGAAUUUACAAAACUUAAAACCAACCAGCAAGGGGUGGACCCAGAUGAGGUAUAUUCUGAUGUGCCCUAUGAGAAGGGUUUCCAGUUUUUGUGGCGCAUUGAGAGACAGAUUGGGAGGCCUGCAUUUGAUGAGUUUCUUAAAAAAUAUAUUGCCACCUUCAAGUUCCAGUCUAUUGACACUGACAUGUUUCUUGAUUUCCUAAAAGCAAAUAUCCCUGGAAUAGAAGAUCAAAUUGAUCUAAAAGUAUGGACUGAGGGAACUGGCAUACCUCCAGAUGCAAUGGAGCCUGUUUCUGAAAUCUAUACAAAGAUUGUGUCGUUGGCUAACGAGUUUAAGUCAGGCAGGAUGCCAAAUGAGGAUGAAGUUGCUCAAUGGAGAGGACAGGAAUGGGAGCUUUACCUUGAAAAUUUGCCUAAAUCUGUUGAAGGUUCACAGCUAGCAGCUCUAGACGAGCGUUAUAGGCUUGCUGAAUCAAAAGAUUACGAGGUCAAAGUGGCGUUUCUUCAGCAUGCUAUUGCAUCUAGGUGCAGUACCUACUAUAAUGAGGUUGAGAAAACUCUGAAAGAAGUUGGACGGAUGAAGUAUCUGCGGCCGCUCUAUACUGCACUAGUACAAGGCGCAGGCAAAGAAGAGGAGAAGAUGUUUGCAAGGAGGGUUUUCUCGGAGGCUUGCGCAAGCUAUCACCCUAUAGCUAAGGGUGUUGUUGAGGCCAUAUUUGCCAAACAUUUGUAAGUUCCCUUCUGUGUGAUCUAGCUGAAGAAUACUGUUUCCUACUCUUUCACCCUGUGGAAUAACUCGUCGAUUUCGGGUUCUAACUCGAGAUGCGUUCUGGGUUUAACUGAAUCUGCAUAGAUUUUUCCUUUUGUGGAGUUGCUAUAAAUCUGGCAGCUGCCAUGUCUGUAAAUCGACCGUCAAAUGUUUUCUGCACAGUAGGAAUGAAUAUGGUAAGUUAUCUGAA